GGGUCCAGGUUUUAUUCCCAGCCAAGUGACGUCAGAUGCCUCCUGAGCUCCGUUUCGGGAGCGGAGAACAUAGUAACAAGCACAAUAAAGUAGGGAAAGAGGGAAAGAAAGCCUCUCCAUCGUUUCGCAUGUAGACCGCAAAUAUAGGAAUAUUUAUCCACCCCAGAGGAAGAGUUGUACCCCGGGAUCUGGGGGGUGUAACGUCCGCAACACUUCCGCAAUGGAUAGAGUUUUAACUUGUUUCUUUGCUGCGGUCAGUUUUCUGAUUUCAGUCAGGGGACAAGUAUUUAAAGGCGCCUGCAACUUUGAGAAGCCCUACACGUCCUGCGGAUACAUCCAAGGCAAAGAUGAUGACCUGGACUGGGAGCAGGUCAACACCAAAGAGAAACCAUCCUUGGACCCACUGAUGCCUGCAGGCGCGGCCUUCAUGAUGGUGAACAGCACAGGCCGUUUCGCAGGCCAGAAGGCCCAGCUCUUCAUGCCCCAGCUGAAGGAGAACGACACGCACUGUGUGCUGCUUCAGUACUACGUGUCGGGCCUGGAUGCCACCAGUCCCGGGCAACUCAGCGUCUACGUCAAGGAGAACAGCAGCCCACUGGGGGUCCCGGUAUGGAACACCUCCGUGCCCACGGCGCCUGGCUGGAGCCCGCUGGAGCUGGCCAUCAGCAUCUUCUGGCCCAACUUUUACCAGAUCGUGUUCGAAGUCGUGACCUCAGGACAGAGGGGACUGCUGGCGAUUAAGGACAUCCGCCUCCAGGGACACCAGUGCAUGAAAACACCACACUUCCUGCACAUCAAGGGCGUGGAGGUGAACGCCAGGCAGACAGCCACCUUCCAGUGCACCUUCAGCGGCCGGCCUGUGGACAUCUACAGCAUCUGGCUGCAGGGUAUCGGAGGGCGGGAGGCGCCACGCAGAUCCACGCGACCUGUGAACGACAGACGGUUCAUCGCAACCUUCGACGUGGAGAACACCACCAAGGGUGACUCAGGACGCUACCGCUGCAUAGUGCAUUCUGACAAAGGAGUUGGGGUGUCCACGUACGCGGAUCUUACCGUCAAACAACCCCCAGUGCCUAUCGCACCCCCCCAACUGACAGGGGUUGGCGCCACCUACCUGUGGAUCCAGCUAAACGCCAACUCUAUCAACGGGGAUGGCCCUAUUAUCGAGCGGGAGGUGGAGUACCGCACCGUGUCCGGAAGUCUCAUUGACAACCAGCCCGUUGACAAGACCACGCACAAGAUCGGUCAUCUGGAUCCUGACACCGAGUACGAGAUCAGCGUCCUGCUGACGCGGCCCCUGGAUGGGGGCACUGGAGCCCCCGGCCCGCCGCUUCGUGCCAAGACCAAAUGUGCCGACCCCAUGCAUGGGCCCAGGAACCUGGAGGUGGUGGACAUCAACUCCAGGCAGAUCACCGUGCGCUGGGAGCCCUUCGGUUACAACGUCACACGUUGCCACAGCUAUAACCUGACUGUGCAGUACCGCUACCGGGCCGGCGGCAAGGAAGAGACACGUGAGGAGGUGUGCCACGACACAGCCGGCAUAGCGCCACAGCAUGUCAUCCGGAACCUUCCUCCCUACACCAAUGUCAGUGUGCGACUGGUGCUGCGCAACCCUGAGGGCGUCCAAGAGAGCCAGGAGGUGGAUGUGCUGACCGAUGAAGAUGUGCCAGGUGCUGUUCCAGUGGAGUCCAUUCAGGGAAGCACCUAUGAGGAAAAGAUCACCCUUAAAUGGAGGGAGCCGGCCCAGACAUAUGGCAUAAUUACACUGUAUGAGAUUUCAUACAAGGCCGUUAGCUCUUUCGACCCUGAGUUUGACCUGUCAAACCAGAGCGGGAAGGUUUUCAAGCACAGCAACGAGACCUCGCACCUGUUCGUGGGGCUCUACCCUGGCUCUACAUACACCUUCACUAUCAGGGCGAGCACCGUCAAAGGUUUCGGCCCGCCUGCCAUCACACAGUUCACCACCAAGAUCUCAGCGCCCCACAUGCCCGGGUAUGACCACGAGACACCUCUCAACCAGACUGACAGCACGGUGACAGUGAUGCUGAAGCCGGCACAGAGCCGCGGGGCGCCUGUCAGUGUGUACCAGGUGGUGGUAGAAGAAGAGCGCCCCCGUCGGGCCAGGGGAACAGCGGAGAUCCUGCGCUGCUACCCCGUACCCAUCCACUUCCAGAAUGCCACUCUGCUCAACUCGCCUUACUACUUCACUGCGGAGUUCCCCGCCACCGGCAUUCAGACCCCCCAGCGCUUCAGCAUCGGUGACAACAGGACGUACAGCGGCUACUGGAACGCACCCUUGCUGCCCCACAAGAGCUACAGCAUCUACUACCAGGCCGUCAGCACCGCCAACUGGGAGACAAAAAUCGAUUGCGUGCGAGUCGCCACCAAAGCUGCCAUAAUCGCGACUCAGCUCACCACACCCUAUAUACGCAUCGCCCCGGCGGCCGGCGACAACCAGCUCACAGGAGCAGCCACCCGGAAGCCUGAUGCCGUCGAACCUGAGAAGCAGACCGACCACACGGUGAAGGUAGCUGGGGUCAUCGCUGGCACCCUGCUCUUCGUCAUCAUUUUUCUUGGUGUGGUGCUGGUAAUGAAGAAAAGAAGAACCUAUCACUCCUACACUUACUACCUGAAACUGGCGAAGAAGCGGAAAGAGACGCUGAGCAGCACACGGCAGGAGAUGACGGUGAUGGUGAACUCCAUGGACAAGAGCUACACGGAGCAGGGCACCAACUGCGACGAGGCCAUCUCCUUCAUGGACACGCACAACCUCAACGGCAGAUCUGUCUCUUCACCCUCGUCGUUCACCAUGAAGACUAACACCCUCAGCACCUCCGUUCCUACCUCCUACUACCCAGACCCCUUUGUGCCAACCGCGAUAUUAGUUCCGAUUAAUGACGAGAGCCACGCCGCGGCAAGCGACACCGGCAGCCUGGUGCAGUCUCACGGGCACACGUACAAGACGCGGGAGUCGGCGGACGUGCCGUACCAGACCGGGCAGCUGCACCCUGCCAUCCGCGUGGCCGAUCUGCUGCAGCACAUCACGCAGAUGAAGUGCUCCGAGGGCUACGGCUUCAAGGAGGAGUACGAGAGCUUCUUCGAAGGACAGUCGGCACCAUGGGAUUCAGCGAAGAAGGACGAGAACCGGAUGAAGAACCGAUACGGGAAUAUCAUCGCAUACGACCAUUCCCGAGUCAGGCUCCAGGCCCUCGAAGGAGAGCAGAACUCGGAUUACAUUAAUGCAAAUUAUGUUGACGGUUACCACAGACCAAACCACUACAUCGCUACGCAAGGCCCCAUGCAAGAGACCGUCUAUGACUUCUGGAGGAUGGUGUGGCAGGAGAACACGGCGAUCAUCGUCAUGGUGACCAACCUGGUGGAAGUUGGAAGGCCGUUCGAGGAAGCUGAAGAGAGGAAGCUUGGAGAGUCUGUAAAGGUGAAAUGCUGUAAGUACUGGCCUGACGACACUGAGAUCUACAGGGACAUGAAGGUGACGCUCAUCGAGACUCAGCUUCUGUCCGAGUAUGUUAUCCGGACCUUUGCCGUGGAAAAGAGAGGAGCCCAUGAGAUCAGAGAGAUCCGGCAGUUCCACUUCACCGGCUGGCCAGACCAUGGCGUCCCGUAUCAUGCCACGGGGCUGCUCGGCUUCGUGCGGCGGGUAAAAUCGAAGUGCCCCGCCAACGCCGGGCCCAUGGUGGUCCACUGCAGUGCUGGUGCCGGACGCACAGGCUGCUUCAUCGUGAUCGACAUCAUGUUGGACAUGGCGGAAAGGGAGGGGGUGGUGGAUAUCUACAACUGCGUCCGGGAGCUGCGUUCCAGAAGAGUCAAUAUGGUCCAGACAGAGGAGCAGUACGUCUUCAUCCACGAUGCCAUCCUAGAGGCCUGCCUCUGCGGAGACACCACCAUUCCUGCCUCUCAGCUCCGCUCUGUCUACUACGACAUGAAUCGCCUGGACCCCCAGACCAACUCCAGCCAGAUGAAGGAGGAGUUCAGGACUCUGAACAUGGUGACCCCCACGCUGCGGGUGGAGGACUGCAGCAUCGCCCUACUCCCGCGCAACCACGAGAAGAACCGCUGCAUGGAUGUGCUCCCUCCCGACCGCUGCCUGCCCUUCCUCAUCACCAUCGACGGCGAGAGCAGCAACUACAUCAACGCCGCGCUCAUGGAUAGCUACAAGCAGCCAUCGGCGUUCAUAGUCACCCAGCACCCGCUGCCAAACACGGUGAAGGACUUCUGGAGGCUGGUGCUUGACUACCACUGUACCUCCAUCGUGAUGCUUAACGAUGUGGAUCCAGCCCAGCUCUGUCCCCAGUACUGGCCAGAAAACGGGGUCCACAGACACGGACCCAUCCAGGUGGAGUUUGUGUCCGCUGACCUGGAGGAGGACAUCAUCAGCAGAAUAUUCCGGAUUUACAACGCGGCGCGGCCCCAGGAUGGCUACCGCAUGGUGCAGCAGUUCCAGUUCCUGGGCUGGCCCAUGUACCGCGACACGCCCGUCUCCAAGCGCUCCUUCCUCAAGCUCAUCCGGCAGGUGGAGAAGUGGCAGGAGGAGUACGAUGGCGGGGAGGGCCGCACAGUGGUGCACUGCCUGAACGGGGGGGGUCGCAGUGGGACCUUCUGCGCCAUCAGCAUCGUGUGCGAGAUGCUGCGUCACCAGCGCGCCGUGGACGUCUUCCACGCCGUCAAAACCCUAAGAAACAACAAGCCCAACAUGGUGGACCUGCUGGAUCAGUACAAGUUCUGCUAUGAAGUUGCACUGGAGUACUUGAGUUCUGGAUAAGUCGGCCCGGAUCGGCUCCAUCUUGUCUAGCCCCACCUAGCUGGACUGGGACUCCAUGUCUGGAAUUUACGUCUAGAUGGCGAGGUCUGUCGCUCUGAGCGACGGCACCCGGGCCCGCCGAAGGAUCACGAUUCGGCAGGACUGGGUGUUGGCGCCGCCCUCCUGGCCACGCCCCCACCCACCCACCCCCCCGCUCUGCGUGUACAGCAAGAACUGCACCACCCAUAGCUAUCCCCACAGUGACAUGUCCAUCUGCAUUAGCUAGCAGGACGGCUACAGGAGUGUGGCGUCAUACUCACCACUCACCUCUCCCAGUCUCACUUUUUCUGGCUCUCGCCUUACCAGUUCUCCGCCUCUAUCCUCGCUGGAAGUGUCAUUUCUGCUUUUUCGUGGGGAAUGCAAUUUACGUAACGUCGAUAUGUUUCUUUCCGAUUUCCUUAUCCUAGUUUUCUUCGUCGAAGCACAGCGGUAUGUCCCGUAUAGCCGAAGCCGACCCCUGACCCCCAACAUCCUGAAUGUUAAGUUGUCGUUGCUGUAACUGCUUCCGACAUCAUUGUGUUGAAGGAGGAAUAACCAACACGAUAAAACUCGCCAGCUUGCAUCACGUCCAGUCAAAUGAUCGUCAUUGUCACAUUGUUUAUAUUGUAAAUAUCUGAAAUCCUGCGGAUUAUUUAUUCAUUCAGAGUUUUUGUGAAGCGCACUCAAUGACAAUCAUUUUCUUUUUGUUUGUUUUGUUUUUUUGUCAGACUCUGUAUGAUGUUGAACUGAUGAUUGUUAGCUUUUGUUUAUCUUGUAUUGGGAAAAAAAAACAACUUCAAUUUACAAAUACAUACAUAUAUCUGCCAAUGUC